GGCUUGGUCGGGUUGGGUACCGAUGUGUGUGUGUGGGUUGGUAGGUGGAGGGGUGGGUGUGUAUAUAAGCCUCGAGGGGGGACGUACGUUCGUAUGGGAGGACGGAGGGACGGACGGACGGCCUCACUUGCUGCCUUGCUGCUUGCUUGCUGCCUUGGUGGGUGGUGGGUGGUGGUGGGUGAGUGAGUGAGUGCCUUGCCUUGCCUUGCCUUGCCGUUGUCGUUGCCGUUGUCACUGUUGUUGCCGUCGAUUACAUUCUUCUUUGAUGGUGGUGGUGGUGAUGAUGAUGGUGAUGAUGAUGGCAGACGAAGGCGAGGACGACGACAACAACGAUGACGACGACGACGACGACGACGACGAUGACGAUGACGAUAACGACGAUGAUGCCGACCUGCCUACAUACCCUCCUACCUACACCGACGACGACGACGACGGCAACAACAACAACAACAACAACAACAACAACAACAACAACAACAACAACAACGACAACAACGACAACAUACCACGACAUACAUUUACGUACCCGUCACUCACUGCCCAAGCAAGGACACAAAAAGCACAAAGACACACAAGCCUCUCCCUUCGGUAUAAGCAGGUGUAAGUAAGUAGGUAUAUACACAUUAGAUACUUUGGACGGACGGCCGCACAAACAAACGGA